ACUGUUUUUAAUCUUCAUCCCCCAUCUUCCAAUCUCCAUUCAUCAACCACAACUGAAGCGAAUCGACUAAAACCCCCACCCACCUACCCUUUGUUUCCGAGCAUAUAUCAAUAUUACAGAUAACCCUCUCUCUAUUCGGCUUGUUUCUUGGUUCCUUUCCAGAUCUUGAGUCCCCAUUGAGAGAUCUUAUUUGAUUGAAGAUUAAUGUUUUCGAAGAAACAGAUUGAGGGAAAGAUCUUUUUAAUCAGGUUCAGAUAAUUAAAGUUUUGGUAGGGGUUGAUCGAUAGUAGUGUAUACUCUAUAGUUUUGAGUUUGAUGUUCAUUGCAGAAAAGAGACUAUUCUAUUGGAUAUAAACGUGUAAUGCAUCAUCUUUAAAUGAAGGCAGCUCAGGCUUGGCGUAUAGGCAUGAAAGACAAUCAUAUCUUGCCUCCGCCUCGCCAUCGUGCUCAACUAAAGAAACCAACUUGGAUUAUUGUAUUGGUUUCAUUGGUUUGCGUUUUCUUAGUUUUUGCUUAUGUUUAUCCACUUCAACAUUCGGGUGCCUGUUACAUUAUCUUGUCUUCUAGUUGUAAGACCUUUUCUAGUUGGCUUCCGCCACCUACAAGACAACUUAGUGACGAUGAGAUUGCUUCUCGUGUUGUUAUCAAGAAUAUCUUGAAAACGCCAUCAAUUGAGUCGAACAAUCCCAAGAUUGCUUUCAUGUUCUUGAGCCCUGGAUCUUUGCCUUUCGAGAAGUUGUGGGACAAAUUUUUUGAGGGACAUGAAGGUAGAUUUUCCGUCCAUAUUCAUGCAUCUAGAGAAAAGCCUGUCCAUUCUAGUCGUUACUUCAUUAAUCGGGAAAUUCGCAGUGGCAAGGUAGAUUGGGGAAAAAUUUCAAUGGUUGAUGCAGAGAAACGACUGUUGGCAAAUGCACUGAAAGAUCCUGACAAUCGUCACUUUGUAUUACUUUCCGACAGCUGUGUACCAUUGCACGAUUUUGACUAUGUUUACAAUUAUCUUAUGUACACAAAUGUCAGCUUCAUCGAUAGCUUUGAGGAUCCUGGUCCACAUGGAAGUGGCCGGUACUCCGACCACAUGUUACCUGAAGUCGAAAAGAAAUUCUUUAGGAAGGGAGCACAGUGGUUCACGAUGAAGCGCCAACAUGCAAUCAUAGUUAUGGCUGAUAGUCUCUACUAUACCAAAUUCAGGGAUUAUUGCAAGCCUGGUAUGGAUGGGCGCAAUUGCUAUGCUGAUGAACAUUAUUUGCCAACCUUUUUCCACUUGCUUGAUCCAAAUGGGAUUGCAAACUGGUCAGUAACACACGUUGAUUGGUCCGAAGGAAAAUGGCAUCCAAAAUCCUACAAAGAACAAGACAUAUCUCCCCAACUAAUCAAAAACAUUACGUCGAUCAGUGAGAGUGUUCAUGUUACAAGUGAUGAAAAGAAGGAAACCAUGGUUAAGCCUUGUCUGUGGAAUGGGAUAAACAGGCCAUGUUACUUAUUCGCAAGGAAAUUUUUACCAGAGACUCUAGACCGAAUGAUAGACCUUUUCACGAAUCAGACAAUGUUUUGAGCACGAAAGACAUUAUGAUGUUUUUUGUUACGAUUUUUUGGUGUCUUGCCCUUUUUCACAUUGUUGUAAAGCUCAUAUUUUCGAGAGAUCAAAAGGGUCGAAUGGGAUCAUUUCAAGUAACAGCAAACGGUGGGGUCCAUAUGAGUCGAUAACGAGAAGAGAGAUUCUGAAACUGCUGUUUCUCUACUGAUUUUGAUUUUUGGCCAUUUAUCCAUGGGCUAUAUAUAUAUAUAUGUUGUAUCAAUUGAUGGGAGUUUGAUGUAAGAGCCAUUGCAAUGGCUGCACUUUUGUAAGCUAGAACAAGAGAUGAGUAGCAGCUAGUGGGGACUGAUGGUUGGCUGUUCUUUGCUAGGAACCCAACCAGUAUAUGCUUAUUUGUUGAUACUCUCUCUUAUAAUGUAAAUGGUCUGAUGAUUGUCCUUUGAUGAUAAAUAAUAUUAUUCUUUGAA